AUGGAAACAGAGUUCCGAGAAGAGUUACAACAAUCAGAAACGUUCCUGGUACAGGAAGAGCAGCAGGAGGAGCAGCAGCAGCAGCAACACCCAAACAAGAACAAAAUAAGUGCAUCGCCCUCGCCCACCUGGGCCAUACAGUGCGUCAGACGAUCCCCAAUCACCAAACUCACAGGAGAAUUCAUGUCCAUUCAUGACAGACCACUGUGCAGACCCGACAAAAAGUUACUACGAUGUCGAAGCCAUAUAGUAGACAAUGGCUUUCCACGGCAUCGGACAGGACAUGUAAGAGCAGACAUGUUCGAGAGGCUCGCCUCUGGGCCACAGUUGCGUGUUGGUCCAUUGGGGAUGGACACAUCUGACCAUCAGCGUUGUCCAGACUGGCUCAAGCGACUCUCCGCGGAGCACUAUAGCUCCUGGGAGAAGUUCUGUGCCCACGACGUGGCACGGCAUGGAACAAUGACGAUGCCACCCACAUCGGACAGGACCGAUAAUGACGACGACGGCGCCAACAAUACCCGGGAGCUCCGAGACAGUGUCGGCAGUCGGAGUUCAGACUGGAGUUCCGGCUCUAAUCACCGAUCGACGCUAGAAGAGGCCGCGCACGAGCAGGAGUCCGUCGUCGUCCCUGUGUGUGCGUUGCCAGGCUUGAAUAUGGCCGUCAACAUGGCUACGCUGACCUCGAAUGAGCGCGAGCUCUUCUUAUCCUUGGCCCCGACGAUCCUUCAAGAUCCAUACGUGCUCAUGGAUGAAGUGGUCAAGCGCAGAGGCAAGAUGAUGGAUGGUCGGUCUCAAGAUGGGACUCAGCAAUUACAGGAACGUCUGACGUCGCAUGCUACCAAAGACGAGACCGUGGUGGAAUUGCAGCCUGAGGGUUUGACUCGAGCAGCGCUUGGGAGUCCAAUGUCAGGGAGACAAGAGGUCAAAACAAUUCUCGAAGGAGAAUAUGAUCACGAUUUUCAUGUGCUCUUCCAGUCCGAAUUAUGUGAUAAUAACCUAUCGGGAGGUGAAUAG